UGGCCUGGACCGUGUGGGACCUCAGAGCCCUAGGGUUGCGGCUGCUACUGUCAGGGCUUUGCUUGUGCGCUGCUCAAAGAGGCCCUCCGGGUGAGCAGGGUCCUCCUGGGCCCCCUGGUCCUCCUGGAGUUCCAGGCAUCGAUGGUAUUGACGGUGACCGAGGUCCAAAGGGUCCCCCAGGUCCCCCGGGUCCUCCAGGGGAACCAGGAAAGCCAGGAGCUCCAGGCAAGCCGGGCACACCAGGAUCUGAUGGAUUAACUGGACCUGAUGGGUCUCCUGGCUCUGUUGGACCAAGAGGGCAGAAGGGAGAGCCGGGUGUGCCAGGAUCUCGUGGAUUUCCAGGUCGUGGUAUUCCUGGGCCUCCUGGUCCCCCUGGGGCAGCAGGACUUCCUGGAGAACUUGGCCGUGUUGGACCAAUUGGUGAUCCUGGGAGAAGAGGACCACCUGGCCCUCCUGGCCCUCCAGGACCCAGUGGAACAAUUGGCUUUCAUGAUGGAGAUCCGUUGUGUCCCAAUUCCUGUCCACCAGCUCGCUCGGGAUAUCCAGGUCUGCCAGGCAUGAGAGGUCACAAAGGAGCUAAAGGAGAAAUUGGUGAACCUGGAAGACAAGGUCACAAGGGUGAAGAAGGUGACCAGGGAGAACUGGGAGAAGUUGGAGCUCAAGGACCUCCAGGAGCUCAAGGAUUGAGAGGAAUCACUGGUAUAGUUGGAGCCAAGGGGGAAAAAGGUGCUCGGGGCUUAGAUGGAGAUCCCGGGCCUCGAGGUAUUCCUGGUGCACCUGGUGAUCAAGGACAGCGGGGACCUCCAGGAGAAGUAGGUCCCAAGGGAGACAGGGGGCUGCAAGGUUCUCGAGGAAUUCCUGGCCUCCCUGGAUCCAAAGGAGACACAGGCUUGCCAGGCGUGGAUGGCCGUGAUGGGAUACCUGGGAUGCCCGGAACAAAGGGUGAAUCAGGGAAACCUGGACCUCCUGGUGAUGCAGGAUUGCAGGGUAUACCUGGUGUUCCUGGAAUUCCUGGUGCAAAAGGUAUUGCCGGUGAAAAGGGAAACACAGGUGCUCCCGGAAAGCCUGGUCAACUAGGGAAUUCAGGCAAGCCGGGACAGCAGGGGCCUCCAGGAGAGGUGGGACCCCGAGGACCCCGUGGGCUUCCCGGCCGUAGAGGAGAAACAGGACCCAUUGGACCCCCAGGCUUACCAGGUAAACUGGGUUCUGUUGGUAGCCCUGGCCUCCCUGGUUUGCCUGGGCCUCCUGGACUCCCUGGAAUGAGAGGUGACCGGGGUGUAGUUGGUGAACCUGGCCCAAAGGGUGAACAGGGUGCCUCUGGUGAAGAAGGUGAAAUAGGAGAAAGGGGUGAAUUUGGAGAUGUAGGAUUACCUGGCCCAAAGGGAUCUGUGGGUAACCCUGGGGAGCCUGGCUUGAGGGGGCCUGAAGGAAGUCGGGGGCUUCCUGGAGUGGAAGGACCCAGAGGACCACCUGGACCUCGAGGUGUGCAGGGUGAACAGGGCUCCACAGGCCUGCCUGGUAUCCAGGGUCCUCCGGGUCGAGCACCAACAGAUCAGCACAUCAAGCAGGUUUGCAUGAGAGUCAUGCAAGAGCAUCUGGCUGAAAUGGCUGCUAGUCUCAAGCGUCCAGAUUCCGGAGCUUCUGGCCUCCCUGGGAGGCCUGGACCCCCUGGCCCCCCUGGCCCCCCUGGAGAAAAUGGUUUCCCAGGCCAGAUGGGACUUCGUGGCCUCCCAGGCCUUAAAGGUCCUCCUGGUGCUCUUGGCUUGAAAGGGCCUAAAGGUGACAUGGGAGAAAGAGGGGAUCGUGGCCCUCCAGGAAGAGGUCCCAAAGGUUUGCCAGGAGCCAUAGGUCUCCCAGGUGAUCCAGGCCCUGCCAGCUAUGGGAGGAAUGGCCGUGAUGGCCAGCGAGGCCCUCCAGGGGUGGCAGGAAUUCCUGGUGUGCCUGGCCCACCAGGCCCUCCUGGUGCCCCUGGUUUCUGCGAGCCAGCAUCCUGCACAAUGCAGGCUGGGCAACAAGCAUUUAGCAAAGGACCUGAUCAGUGAGAGGCUUUGUGCAGCCAGCUGUCUGCAUAACCACACCUGGCAAACGAGCUUGGAGAAGAGCCACCACCGGAAAAUGGAGCAGAAGACAACGUUCAACACUAAUAUAGAGUCAGAGCAAUGGUGCUAUUCAGUGAAUCCCCUUUCUUUCUCCUUAGAGGGAAGAAGGCAGGGUCACUGGUUAACAGAACAAAACAAACAAAAUCCUCAUUUUAAAUAAAUUUAUAAUCCUGUCCCCAGAAUCUUGAAUUUUAAUGUGCUAGUGAUAUGUGAUACAUAGGGGCCUCUGUGCCAAUAAAAACACCCCCCAAAUACCAACUGUUUGGCUUACCUCAGUUGCAGUAGUUAUUUUCAUUUUUUAAUUUGCAUGUUAUUCUCAAGGUAUUGUUUCAGUUGUAUAGAGAUUACCAGAGUAGUUUGAGGACCACCCCUCACUAUGUCAACAGAAUUGGUGCUGAAGCCCCCCUUCAGCUCCCUAAUAUGCACUCUGGGAGUGGCUUCCUUACAUGGCUGUUGCUUUUCAAGGUCAGCUUGACUUUUUUUUGUUGAAUUGUACUCUUUCCAAAUUCUGCUAUUUUGAGCUCUAUGUUAAAGCAAAUACAGAUUUUUCAGAUCCUGCUCCUCAUAGAUGAGAUUAUUUAUUUUAAAAUUUUGAGGUAACAU